AUGAAAUAUCUUGUCCUUUGUCUUGUCUUGUUGGCCGUCGUCUAUUGCCGGCCGCAGUCGAGCGAAGAGGGAGAUCAUGCUCCUCGCCACCACAGGCACUGGGGCCGUCAUGGACACAAGCGUCACGAGCCCGAAUUCCUGAAGAACGUCACCAAGGAGGCCAAGGACGAGUGGCACAAGAUCUUUGCCGACGAGACGCUCGCCAGAAAGGAUUUCCGGCAGAAGGUCGAGGAGUGGGCCAAGGGACAGGAUGAGGAGGUUCAGACCGAGGUGAAGCGCUUCGAGGAAGAGCACAAGAAAUUCGUCGAAGACGCCAAGAAAAAUCUGACAAUCACCUUGGAGAAGUUGCCUGAGCUGAUGGGAAAAUUGACCAAGAUCAGGGACGACGAUACACUCGGCAGGAAGCAGAGGAGGGAGCAGACGAAGGCCGCCAUGAGCGACUAUGAUGAACAAACAGCGGCCGCAGCAAAGUUCUUGCUAUUCCACCACCACAAGAACCACCGAUGGGGACACCACGGCAAGGGACAUCACAACAAGCACAACAAGGCCUCUCAUGAGGCAACCACGGCUGCCGCGGCUGCUGAGGAAAGUGCCGAGAACGACGAC